AUGAGAGCAAGGGCUCGGAGAGCUCUCAUACAGCUCCUCAUCUUCGCCUUCUUCCUGAACAUAAUUCUAAUCCUGAACUGGCCCCAAUCAAAGGUUAAAUCCUUCCCAUGGGCUAAAGUCCGAUAUCAAACUCACGCCACCACCUUCCCGUCUCAGCUUGGUCUAUGUCCAAAUCUCUCAACCUCAAAAAAACCCGCACUCAUUGUCUCUCGGGUGGAAUCAGAUGGUAGCGCAUUCUGGUUAGACAAACUCGCUGAUAAAUACACAUUAUGUAUUUACGAUGUCGAUAUUGCGGGACAAGAGACAUCCGCCCAUGGAAGUUCCGACGCAUCCUCGGGAUAUCUUCAGGUCCCUGCAAAUCGAGGCCACGAGGCAAUGGCCUACUUGACGUUUCUGAUUGACAAUCACGAGAACUUUCCUUCCGCUGGCGCGGUAUUUAUUCACGGCUCGCGCUGGGCCUGGCAUAACGAUUCGCCGGAUUACGACAAUGCAGCGCUUCUGCGUGAUUUGGAUAUUCCCGCCGCUUUGAAACCCUCAGGCUACCACAAUUUGCGCUGCGACUGGAGUGCAGGUACUUGUUCAUCUACCGUCCCGGCCCAAGGCAGUCUAGAGAUGAGGCUGCAGUCUGCCGUGGCGCCGUGGAGUGCGCGCGCGGCAUCCGAUAUGGCGCUGCCCGGGGCACUAGCGUCGCUUUUCGGUGGCAUGGAUGGAUGGCGGCAGGCUAAGCUGGGGAGGAAUGAUGCAGUGAGGGCACAGUGCUGUGCGCAAUUUGUUGUUUCCCGUGAACGGGUUUGGCAACAUACCAAAGCGGAAUGGUACUGCGAGAGCGACUUCGAGGAGAAAUCAGAAUGGGGCGGUUGCGCCGGCGGAUGA